AUGGCGACGUCGGGGAGCUCAUUAGCCGACACAGACGGGAAGUUCAAGAGGCAGGAUGCUCAGUUUCGCAAUACCAUCUCGAAGGAUGGGAAACACCAGCCUGAGAAGGGACGUUAUUUGCUUUACGCGAACUUGCUUUGCCCGUGGGCUUGCCGGACGCUUAUUACCCGGAGCUUGAAAGGCCUUGAGGAUAUCAUUGAUGUAUCGAUCUUGCACUACACGUUGACAGAGAAUGGAUGGACGUUUGAAAGCGACACUCCUGAGGCCACGGGAGAUCCUCUCUUCGGGGCCAAGUAUAUCAAAGAAAUCUACCACAAGGCUAAUCCGGAAUACAAUCUCCGUUACACAGUGCCUGUACUGUUUGACAAGAAGCUUAACACUAUUGUGAACAACGAAUCGUCGGAGAUCAUCCGCAUCUUCAAUGAAGCCUUUGAUGAAUUGCUGCCAACUGACUCGCCAAAGAGGGGCUUGAAUUUCUAUCCUGAAGACCUUCGUCAGGAGAUUGAUGACCUCAAUGAGUGGGUGUAUCAUAACUUCAACAAUGGAGUCUACAAAACAGGCUUUGCUACGAAGCAAGAAGUGUACGAGGAGAACGUUCUUGCUGUCUUCGAGUCUUUGGACAAGCUCGAGAAGAUCCUUUCUGACGGAAGAGAGUACUUAGUCGGUGGCAGACUGACCGAGGCCGAUAUCCGCACUUACGUCACGGCGGUUCGCUUUGACACGGCUUACCACACCAAGUUCAAGUGUAACAUCAAGAUGAUUCGCCACGAUUACCCUAACGUUCACAGGUGGCUGAGGCACAUGUAUUGGGAUAUUCCCGAGUUCAAGAAGUGUACCAACUUCGAUCAUAUCAAGGGUGGGUACUACUACGCUGUCAGCGAUGGUGACAAGGCCGGAGGUGUCGUUCCUCUUGGACCCAGGCCUCAUAUUCUUCCGAAAGAUGCGUGAGCUUGAGUGUGGGAUCAUCGAGAGAGGUCUGGCGGAAAUGAUAUAGCAGAGCCGAUAUAAAGACGGAGCUUCUAACAAUACCGCUACCUCUUAGCAAGGAAAAUCGGAAUAAAAAUAUCCAAGUCAU